UUUCAAAACACCUCCAGAAGGUGAAAGACCAAUCAUCUUCAGAUGUUGCGCCCUACGGAAAAUGCGGUAAACUGUCUCGACUUCCAUCAACUGCACAUUCACAGGAGCGAAGGUCGCCUGCCUGCGCAUUCGUUUCCAGCCCGGCACUACCGAUCGCAGCUUCGACCGCUAGAGACACAUCGAAGAGUCUAAGUUAAGCUUAGAAUCACGUGUUGCCUGACCGGCUAACCAUGAUCGUAUUUUAUAGGAUGUCGAUGCCUUCUACUGCUCCGUCUUUGAAGUGGAAAAUCCAGCCCUUAAAAGCGUUCCGUUGUGCGUCCAACAGAAACAGAUUGUCGUCACGUGUAAUUACGAAGCACGCCGAAGAGUACGCAGCCUAGAGGCAAUCACAUGAGGCUACCUAGGUCUAACCAGCAUUUUCUCCUCUCCGCAGGGCCUGCACAAACUCCAGCUGAUCCGGGAUGCGAAGGCUAAGUGUCCAGAUGCGGUAAUUGUUCUAGGCGAGGACCUCACCAAAUUUCGCGAUGCUAGCAAAGCGCUAUACCGUUUCUUACGCGGCUUUUCGUGGAAUCACAAGGUCGAGGCCCUUGGAUUCGAUGAGGUACGAUCCGUCAUCUGUUUGCUUAUGCGGAAUGCUCAGCAUACGCUGCACAGCGACUCACCACAAUCUAUUUUUAGCCGUCCCAAUACUGCGUUAUGGAAAGCGCGCUAAGACCCUUUUGCAGGUCUUUCUUGACGUGACUGACAUCAUUGAAUAUAAUCUGCAGAUACUCGCAGAGCACAAGCAGCCCCAACCCGCCUUCUUCCAUCUUCAUCGCAGUGAUCCAACCAGUGGCUUCGUUUAUGACGCGACCAAUAUCCCGGGUCAUACAUAUCCUCAAAAUUUCUCCCUCUCAGCCUCUUUGUCUGGAUCCGAUGAUUCGCUCUUGUUGCGACUGUCUCUCGGAUCUCAUCUAGCGUAUCAUAUUCGUCAGCAAGUAGAACAACAGAUGGGUUACACUUGCACUGUUGGCAUCUCAACGUCGAAACUACUUUCUAAACUAGUGGGCAAUCUCAACAAGCCCAAUGCUCAGACCACACUGCUUCCGCCGUAUGAGUACGAGGAUAACGGAGCGCUUGGCAACGUCGCUAGUUUCAUGGACGCCCAUGAUAUCGGCAAAGUGCCCGAUAUUGGUUUCAAGAUGACCGAAAAACUUAGGCAUUAUGUCUUGAAAUGCAGCCUUGAUUCCGGAUCUAGCAUUCCAUGCUCAGAAAGGCUAGAGCGGACCACUGUAGGUGAUCUGCGAAAUCUUCCUGGACUUAAUGCUCAAGUGCUCGAAGAAAUUCUUGCCGGUCCGGGGAUGCAACGAGGAGUUGGCUUCAAGACUUGGUGUUUGUUGCAUGGAAUCGACGAUACUGAAGUCGCUAUGGCCAGAGACUUUCCGAAGCAGAUCAGCAUCGAAGACAGCUAUCGGUGCAUGAACACCAUGGAAGGUGUGCUACGUGAACUACUAACCCUAUCUACUAGCUUGUUACAUCGCAUGCGCGCAGAUCUUACUGUAGAAGUUCAAGUCUUGGAUGGCAACCAUGGACAGAAGAAGACGCGGCAAUGGCUCGUGCACCCUAGAACCUUACGACUCUCUACGCGGCCACGUCCGCCGCCUGGAGCUGAUGGUAACAGAGCUCGAGCCUCAAUUAGGAUCUCUCGGUCUACGAGUCUUCCAACCUUCGUAUUCAAUCUUGCAGAGCCUGUUGAGCUGUUGGCCAAGCGCCUGGUUCACGAGAGCCUAGUCGUCCUCUUUCGUCAUCUCCAUCCCGAAAGAAGAGGAUGGGACUUAAGCCUUAUCAACGUAGCUGUGACGAACAUGGUAGAAACUGCUGGAACGUCAAAAUCCGCGGCUGGUCGCGACAUUGGCAAGAUGUUCAAGUUUCGAGAGAAAACUUCGGAGGUCCCCGGAAGCGUGAAGGCGAAUGUCACCUCCCUUAUACAAACGAAUAACAUAGGCGCAGUGAACACAAUGGCCGCGAGCCGUGCUCCGGCGUUGGAUGCCAUUGCAAUUGGCUCAGAAGAUCAAUUACCAUUGUCGCAGAGCACUCAGUUAUCCGAAGCCGCUAGCACUUGGGACGAGUCCGAGAGCGAUGAACAAUGCUUUGUGGGCAUUUGUCCGCACUGCGAUGCUCGAGUGCCCGAUUUCGCACUCGCUGCACACCUACGAUUUCAUGAAGUCAACAUUUGACUAUAUGAAAUGACUAAGUCUUCAUCUCCAGACGCUCUAAGACCACCCAUCCGCAUGACUUCUCAAAGCGGUUCGAUCCUACGAUUUAGCCACGGCUGAGAGAGGACACGUUAUGCUGCCUUGUGUUGUAAACAGAGCUGCACGGAUUUAGAAUGGCGAGACUUAAUGACCAGAUACCAUUUUUAAUUCAAUAUUUUCCAGCUGAGAGUGUGCAGUGUACAAGUCACGUUCAAAGGUGUGUAUUUAUCUAUGCAAGAAUGCAGUUCUGUUGCAACGACAACGACACACGCACAGGGUGCCAGCAGGCACGCGACUCACGCGUUUCCAACCUGCCCUGGAACAUACAUACUCUACGCACACACACUUGAAUAUAGCCAUA